GCGGAGUUUAAACCGGGACUAACACUUUCACAAUCCUGUGUCGAGCUCAAGGGUAACCAGAAUACAUUAAAAAAACAAUUGUUGUGAUGGACAUCAUCGAUCCAAUCCUAUCCAUAGCAGAGAAGCUAUAUAGCCUGUGUGAGGAGGUAAAGUCUAAUAAGAAGCGGUGCAGGCGUCUAGCCCGACGCGUAUUCGCUCUUGCUGAACUGGUGAAAUUUGCUAAGGCUCGUGGCUUUGGCACGAACCCAGAGCAGGUGGAGAAAGGCCUUCAAGAGCUUAAAGUGACCCUGGAGACAGCGGAGAAGGUCGUGAGGAAAUACACCUGCCUUAGUUAUUUGAAACGCAUCGCAAAAGCGUAUGACAUCGGCGAGGAGUUCAGCGCCUUGAAUGAUAGACUGAAUGAUGCAGCUCAGUUGCUUUCUCUAGCGCUUCAGGUCGAGCACAGAGAACAGUUAGAUCAAGUGUUUCACGAGGCCACAAGACGACGAGAAGAUGAAGAGGACAGACAGAGCGAUUGCCUGGAGUAUCUGAAAUUACUGCAGUCUUUAGCUACAGGAACAAGCACAACGGUUGACGCUGUGAAAAGGACAGUCGAUCAAAAUCACAUUGACAUACAGACUAUUAAGGAACUCCUGGAAUCAACUAGAAAACCAUGCAUUAAUCUGCAGGACAUAAGAGAGAUAAGACGAGAAGAACUGACCUUUGACUUUCCCAUUAAGCCCAUUCUACAUGGCAACCAUUCGGAGAUAUACAAAGGGACGUAUAACAAAUUCACAGUGGCCAUCAAAAAAUACAUAAGCCCGCUGAGCCCAAGUGAGUUGAGACGUAUUUUUACCAAGGAAGUGGAGACCAUGAAGCGCUUCGAGUCACCAAAUAUCUUAAGGAUGUUUGGGAUCUGUGUUGAGGAUGAGAACGGACCCAAUCCAAGCUUUCUGAUAGUAAUGGAGUACUGUAAGAAGGGAAGCCUUCGACAAGUACUGGACAGCAGCUGUGAACUGCCCUGGGACAGGAAGACUCGCAUGUGUCUAGACGCAGCACAGGGACUCUACAGACUGCAUCAGUCAGAGGAGAAGUCUAAAGUUCACGGCUCCAUCCAAAGCUCCAGUUUUCUAGUGGCUGCAGGUUACAGAGUAAAGUUGGGAGGCUUUGAGUUGGCAAAAACAGAAACAUCACUUCAGAGGAACAAACACAAAAAGAGCAGUUCCCUUCAUUACUGCUCUCCACAACAGCUGCAGAAUAUCAACCAUCCUUACGACAAAGCAUGCGAAAUAUACAGUUUUGGCAUUGUCCUGUGGGAAAUCGCAACCCGAGGUGUUCCCUUUAAAGGCUGUUCAAACAAAGAGAUCUCUUUAAAAGUGUGUGAGCAGAAGACCAUGGAGCCACUUCCUCCAGACUGUCCCAGAGAGCUAGCAGAGCUCAUCGAUGCCUGCAGAUCCUUCAGUCCCUUUCAGAGACCAACAGCUGGAGUAUUGGUGGACAACCUCCGAAAAUUAGUGGAAGAUGAGUGACAGCCUGGAUCGUGCUGUGAAAGUAUCUCAGGAUCUCAUCUUUUACCAUCUGAUCACACCAUUUCUGGGAAAUACAGUUAAAGACAGAAUUAUUAGACUCCUUGGUAAAUAUGAGCAAAGGAAGCUGGGAAAAUAAAUCUGCAUUGUUUCUCCUUUUGAGCUUUAUUUUUAAAAAUUCACAAUAAUCCAAUGUUUCAUUGAUGCAAACUAUUUCGAAGUGGGGUCACACACAUUGGCCAGAAUUAUUGCCACUCCUUUAUUUAAUCUUCUUUGCUACCUACUUGCUUCCAACUUGUGGUUAUGGAGGUGCUGUUUUCCUUUAUUAUUUUUUUAAGCUUUCUGUCCCCAGGAUUGCACUGAUUUCCAAAGUUUUUCAUCUGUGAUAGGCAACUUGGAGAAUUAUUGUCCACUCAAAUUAUUCUCCUUGCUGAGCAUUAAGAUGAUAUAGACACACGUCCUCUUUCAAGCAGAUUUGCAAUCUCCAGUCGAUUUAAUCGUAUUUGUUAUUUCCCUGAUUUUGGGAAUAGAUUGUUUAUGGUUUAACUAUUUCCUUAAAGCCACAACAAUCUUUUGCUGCACAUCAGAACUAUAGUCUUUAGUUUUAUCCACUGUGAUGACUGAUUAUGGGAUUUGGGCUUUUUGUUACUUCAUUCUUAUUCUCCCGUAAACCAGGAAGCCAUGACUGGACAAAAUUAUGUUUCUUGUCAGCGUGGUGUUCUAUGAAAAUGUUAAUAUCAAUGUUAAUAUACUUCAAAGAUAAUUUACUCUUUAAGGGGACACAACAAGAAAAUUAAACUUUUUCCAUGUUUAAGUGCUAUAAUUGGGUCCCCAUUGCUUGUAUCAACCUAGAAAAUGUGUAAAAGAUCAACCCAGUAACUUAGUUUUGGUAAACCAUUUUCUGCAAACAUGUGAAAUUGAAAUUUGGCUCCCCUUGUGAUGUCAGAAGGGGAUAAUACCGCCCCUUAAUCUGCACUGUCCAACCACAAAACAGCCAUAAAGUGCAGAGUACAGCUCAUUUGCAUUUUAGAGGACACGCCCAAAACCUGCACAUUUUUGCUCACAUUUACAAAGUGGCAAUUUUAACAUGCUAUAAUAAAUUAUCUGUGGGAUAUUUUUUGAGCUAGAACUUCACAUACAUACUCUGGGGACACCAAAGAUUUAUUUGACAUCUUAAAAAAGUCUUGUGAAAUGUCCCCUUUAAAAAAAAUUCUACGUGUGUGUUAGAGAAAAACAUUUAUUUCAUAGUGAAAUUCCCUUCCAGACUUUCAUUUAAUUUACUUCAGUGAAACAACAUAUUUUUUUUGUGAUUUCUUUUUAAAUUAAAGCUCAAAAUGAGAAACAAUGCAGAUUUAUUUUCAGCUUUCUUUGCUCAAAUAUACGGAGCCCCUAAGGGGACAUGGAGCAAAAAUUAAAUAAAGAUUAGUUUCAUGUGCCCGUGUGAAAGUUUCACAUGACUAAACUGAACUUAAAAUAAAAAUUCUGCACAGGAAACUAAACUUUAGAUUUUUUUUACUCCAAUGUCAUCUUAUGGCCUCGGUAUAUACCAAGGGGGCUUAUAAUUUUUGUCCACAACUGUAUGUUUAUUUCUCUAUUUAUCUACUCUUUCAUAGAGAAAUCUUUUUCUAUAUUGCAUUGACAUCUGUGUUGUUUUUCACAUACCCAGCAAACACAAAAUGUUUUUAUUUUAUUUCAAAACGUUGUAUUUUGUUUUGCAAUUAGGUAAAUGUAAAUUUAUAAUGCAACACUUGAACUGUUUUUAUAAAGUCGUUGGAACAAAAGCCAUAACAGAAAUGCAGUAAAUUUAAUGUGGAUGCACACAAAUCCUUCGAAACAAGUAAUGUUUUGUUGAAUGAACUUACGGGUCAUUAAAGUUUCAAAACUCAAAACAAAAGGUAAGGUACGUAGACCUGUUAAACUGUUGUGAACAUUUCAGCACAGGUCAGUUUUUAUCAUUAUUAAAAACUUGAGGCGAUAUUUAAGUGUGAUCAGUAAUGUUUUAAUGGAUGUUUUAAAUGCAUUCUGCAGUUAUGAAAGCAAGCAAGAACCCAGGAGAUCUGAUUUUAUCAACAUACCAUCACAUUUGAUUUUAGUUUAUAUUGUGUAAGGGUUAAGACAUGUCACGAAAUUCCUUGACUAAACCAACUGAAUCAUUUUGCUUUUGACCCUGUAUGUUUUUUAAAGGAUGUUUUGAUGCUAAAAUGAUUCUGAUUGGCUCAAACAAUUAAUUGUUUUAAGAACCAGUCGCAUACUAGAGGAUAAACAUGUGGGACACUAACAAUAGCACUAUUUAAGUCUAUUGAAUGCGCUCUUGCCAUGCUGCUAAGUUGGUACAUUUGCACCUCUAGUUUUAAAAUCAAUAAAAAAUAAAUGAAAAUUCAAAACA